CUAAGGAGGCAGUGAAGCUUAUCUCCCCCCUCUCUCUCUUAAUUCAGUUCAUUUGGGGGAUCUCUCUCUUUAGCCUUCGCUGUUUUUCUUGUUACAUUCUUUCGUCUCUAAGCAUCAACCACUUGUCGUCGCCUUUAACUCGAAGCCGGCUCGUCCCUCGAUAAGCCGAACGCGGAACGCCGGCGCCAUUCUCCCUCUCCCUCUCUUGGUUUUGUCGUCUUCGUCCUUCGUUGGAGCCGGCUCGCCAUGAACUACAAGCGCGCCUCCAAGUCCGCCUUCUCGAAGUUGGCGUACACUGACGCUCCCAUCGAUCUUCUGUUCAUUGUUUCUUUUUUAUCUCCUGAAAUUUAUACAUGCUCUGUUUUCUCAGUUCUGACGCUCCGAUCUCCUUUUUCGUAUCGUUUUCCGUUUCUCCAAAAUUUCCGCCUAGUUGCUUCAUUGGCACGUCCUCUUCUUCAUCCUCGUCACGCGGCCUCUCUGCUUCGACCAACGCCUUAGUCAUCGAUGGCGCCGAUCACCAGAACCCGAAGAAAAUGCCAGGUGUAACUGGAUUCUUCAAUGAUCCUCUGGAGAAUGUUGUUGAGGUUGGUAAACAUGAUAUUUCUCAAAAUGAAGCUAUCAUUGACGAACAUAGCAAUGAUUCAACAACCCUGGGAAAUGAUGGACAUGCUAUGCUUGUUGAUGGUGAAGAGAAGAACCAAUCUGCAGAUCAAUCUGAGGUCUCUUCAGGAGAAGCUGAAGCUCUUCCCUUUAAUCCUGAUGACCUGGCUGUGCCGAGCAAUUCCAUGCAACAAUCUGAUGGUUCAUCUUUAGAAUUUGAAGCUGCACUUCUUCUUAAUCCUGAUGAUCUUUCAUAUCUUGGGCUAAAUGAUGGUCCUGGUCCCAUGGGCACUUCACCAACAAGCACAAUCUCAAAUAAUUUUGAUUGUUAUUCUGAAAAUAUGAAAACUGGAGAAGAAGAUGAUGAUGUGGAGGAUAAUUCUUUCUCACCUUGGACAGAGGAUAUUUUUGCUCAUGAGCCAGAGCCAAGCUCUUCAGCGGGGCCAAGCCAAAGCAUUCCUUUGAUUGAGGAGAUUGAGAAGACCACUGAACUAUUCAAAGAUUUUAAGCCCUUUGACACUGUUAUUGAUCAUUCAGAUCAUCACUUUGUCAAAAUACAUCAGCCAGGCAAAAUUUUUCAUAUAAUUCCUUCUAGACAGAAGUCACCUCCUGAGAUGAAACAACUGGCAUUGAAGGAAUGGACAAAACAGGUACAGCAUGAAUGGAGCAUCUUGGAGAAGGAUUUGCCAGACACAGUAUAUGUUAGAGCUUAUGAAGAAAGGAUGGAUCUUUUAAGGGCUGUCAUUGUUGGGGCAGCUGGAACUCCAUACCACGAUGGUCUUUUCUUCUUUGACAUCUGCCUGCCACAAGAGUAUCCACAUACCCCACCGAUGGUCCAUUACCACUCUUUUGGCUACAGAGUGAAUCCAAAUUUGUAUGCUUGUGGCAGAGUCUGCCUUAGCCUUUUGAAUACUUGGCCUGGAAGCCGUGUCAACCAUGAGACAUGGAUACCAAAACGGUCUACUAUUCUUCAAGUUUUGGUUUCUAUCCAAGCUCUAGUACUAAAUGAGAAGCCUUAUUUCAAUGAGCCAGGAUAUGAAGCAUCGGCAGGUAAAGAAGACGGUGAGAGACAUGCAAGGGCCUACAAUGAAAACACCUUCAUUUUAUGCCUGAAGUCCAUGUUGCACCUGCUACGGAAACCACCAAAGCAUUUUGAAUCAUUUGUUGCCGGAUAUUUCCGUGAUAAAGCACCAUGUAUUCUGGAAGCAUGUAAAGCGUACAUGGAGGGUGCUCAGGUUGGCCAUCUGGCUGAUGGAGUUCAGGAUGUGAACCAGGGACAUGGGCAUUGCUCCAAAAGUUUCAAGGAUUCCUUAUCUCAUCUCUUCCCACAGUUGGUCACAGCAUUUACGGACAAUGGUGCUGACUGCCAGAAAUUUGUCCCAAAGCCAAAAGAAUCUCGGCCACGAAAACUCUUGGUUAAAGUUGUAUAUGGAAUAAUGACUAAAAGAUGGUCAACUUCUCGGCUUGAUCCUGAACUGCGCUAUUUAUGUAAAUUAGUACAAAAUCAGUGGCAUUUUAGUGUAGAGUUUAAACAACCACCACGAUUUCUUGGUCUUCGUGUUCCUCCUCAGGUCGCCGGUAUAAAACGGCGGAGCGCAGUGGGGGAGAUGAAGCCCAGAGAUCCACGCGAGAGGAAAUCCUUCUCGAAAAUGGCGACCUUCUCCCGCCGGAGUUUUGGGGUGCCUCCUUCUCCGACCCUCUUUUCCUUCUUCUUCGUCUCCCUCUUCCUCUGUUCCCUCUCUUCUUCCACCCAGGUCCCCUACAAGCCCCACUGCGACUCGAUCGUGUCAGAGGCAAGUCGUGACGGAGAAGUCCUGAGCACGCCGCUCGGCCUCCCUGAUUCCUAUCUUUACCGGGGCGCGGAAAGUAUUCUCGGUCGGAACGUUCGUCAGUCGCUCUUAUUGCCGACUUUUAGCUUGGCGAAAUUCACAGAGAAAGGCGUCUACGCCACGGAUCGACCGGGAAUUCUGAGAGUCGAUGCGUAUUUGUUGAUCCAAGGGUCGAGGAGGUGGGGGAAUUCCUCAUUUUCGGUUUCACCCUCGUUUCAGCCUCGGCUGCCGAAGCGUUUCCGUAGCAGAGGCAGCAUAUCUCUCUCUCUUGGUGGUUUCUGGGAAGAGUCAUCGGGGAUGCUUUGUAUGGUUGGUUCCGGUUUGGGCGUCUCCGGAGAAGGUACUAAUUUCGACCUUUCCGCAGUCUUGAAGCUUAAUUUUACAAAGAAUUCGACAAUCGAGCGUAGUUUGGUUACUGGGGCAUUGGAAUUUCCUAGCAAGGAUGACGGCAGUGAUGUGAAUAAAGUGGAGCCGAUGUCUCUGUUAGGAGUUUCUCGUCUGAAUCAUAGUUACAGCUUGGAUUCGGAAGCCAAAGGCAUGUGUUCUGCUUCAGAUGCUGGACAUAGUGCAGUGAGUGGGAAAGGGAACAUCUGUUUUUCACUCCAGCGGAUGUCAUUCAGUUCUUUAUACUUGGAAUAUGAACAUGACUGCAAAUCUGGGAAUUGUAGUAUUUUCAGUAGCGAUGAAGGUCGUUCGACAUCCAUGGUGCUCGCUGGUCUGGACUGUUCUGGCGAAGGGAAAGUUUUCUUAUUGUUCGGAUUUUCGAAUGUCACAUAUGGUCAUCAAUCUCGAUUUUACCGUGGCCUUCCCGGUGUUGUUCCUCUUGAAAGGACAUUGAUCGGAGAGGGGAUUUGGGAUGAGAAAAGCAAUCAGUUGUGCUUUUCAGUUUGUCGAUUUCUGAAUCACUCGCAUUCAUUAGCGGGUGCCUGGAUUGGUGAUUGUACUAUUGGUAUGAACUUGAGCUUUCAUUCGAGAUUAACACUUACGGACAGAAGGACUGUUGAGGGUAGUAUUUGGAGUAACAAAAGAUUGAAUGAAUCCGGGUUCUUUAGACGCCUUUCUUUUGGCCAGGAGAUGGAUCUUGCUGAAGUCGAUAUAGUAAAUUUCAAGUAUGAAUUCACACAGUAUGAACGAGUGAGAAAAAUGUGUAAAGCUGAUGCUAAGAAGCACUCUGGAAAGCUAUAUCCGGAUGGAUACUCGAGCAAUGAGAUGGUAUUUCAGGUGAGUGUGAAAAACUCACUAAAACAGCAUACUUGGGGUACCCUAUCUCCAUUGGCCAAUGAUGGAGGUGUCUACCCAGAUAAAUUUGCCAAUGUGAGUCAAGUCAUGUAUGCCGCCUCUCCAGUGCAGUCUUAUAACGGACAGAGCCCGAUGAACAUAAGCUACGUUGUAGACAUUCAUCUUCCUUCCACAUUUCAUUUGGAUGGGAUUUCUCCAAAAAUCUCAUCCUUGGUUAUAUCUGCUGAAGGUGUGUAUGAUCCUGUGACUGGGGUUCUCUGCAUGGUUGGUUGCCGCCACGUUCGCCAGGACAAUGGCACUAACGUCAUGGAUUGUGAAAUCAGUAUGAAUUUUCAGUUACCACCUCUGAGUACUGAAAACUUUGCCGUUGGUGAACAAUUCAGUGGCACAAUUAAGAGCAUCAGAAAGAGUGCAGAUCCUCUUUAUUUUAAGUCUCUGAAGCUCUGGUCUUCUGUUCCAUACUUAGUUCAGACAAGAACGUCAGUCCUUAUGAUGGACACGGAGAUAGCUAUGGUGCUGAUAUCUCUCACCUUGGUAUCCAUCUUUGUCUUGCUACAGCUUUUGCAUGUAAAGAAACAUCCUGAGGUGCUUCCAUUUGUGUCGCUUGGAAUGGCUGCCGUGCUUACACUUGGGUAUAUGAUCCCCUUGGUGCUCAACUUUGAAGCUUCCUUUGCCAAUGGACACAGGAAGACUCUCUAUGUAACCGAAAGUUGGGUGCAAGUGGAUGAAAUUCUCGUGAGGGUAAUCACCUUGAUAGCCUUCCUCUUGCAGUUCCGGCUUCUCCAGUUGGUAUGGUCGGCAAGGUCAAGCUCAUCCGUGUCAGAGAGUAAUUCUUUCAGCUUAUGUUUGUUACUCUACAUUGUCGGUGGUUUAUUUGCAUGUUUUGCUCAUUGGAAAUCACCAGAAUACAUCCGGGAGCUGGAAAUUGGGCAGCCUUCUGUUUUAGAGGAUCUCGAAUCUUAUGUUGGGCUGGUCCUUGAUGGGUUUCUCUUGCCGCAGGUUCUACUGAACCUGUUUGCACACUUGAAAGAGAAGGCACUUUCACCUUCUUUUUUUAUUGGUUUAACAGCCGUUCGGUCCUUUCCCCACAUAUAUGAUGCAUACAGGUCUUUCUAUAACAUCCCUCGGCAGGGAUUGUCUUACUACUACGCCGACCCAGAAUGGGAUUUCUAUUCUGCUGCUUGGGAUUUUAUGAUUCCUUUAGUAGGAACGGUUUUUGCAAUUCUGAUAUACCUGCAGCAAAGGUUUGGGGGUAGAUGCAUCCUCCCUCGGAAACUCAGGGAGAGGAUCGAAUACGAGAAGGUUCCUGUUGUUCUCAGUUGACUCAUACCGGGGAUUGUUGCUGCUAUUGUACACGGAAAUAGACGAGCUUCCCAAUGUCUGCAUUCCCUGAAUAUCCAAUAUAUAUAAAGAAAGCAUGUAGAAGCUUCAGCAUAACAAGAUUUCUCUGAUUGGUGACCAUAUAUCAUUACUGCGGUUUGUAAUUUCAGUUUUCUGCAAAAGCAAAUUUGUGUAAUGAUCCAUUCACAGUGGACAUGAAAAUGAAGGUAACAUCUUUAGCUGCCAUAGCAUACCUCUUGUUUCAAACCUAAUAUUACAGCGUUCCUUUUUUUCUUCUCUCUCUCCUUAUGAUGUAAACUGCAGAAUGAUUAAAAAGCUUCUGAAUUUUCCCACCUUCACA